AUGAAUAACAUUAAAAUGUGUAAGAGAAAACCGUUCACUGUUUUGUUUUUUUAAAAGAGAGUUAAAGGGAAACUGUUACCACAAGUUUGCUUUAUCAGAAUCAGGAAGUAGUAUGAGAUCAGCAUUAGAUUCUAAAAAUGUUGCUUUUAGUAGAGGACUUUAUAUUUUAGGUAGCAAUUGGAAAACACACUUGCCAGAAUUGACCUGGUGGAUUAAUUUGAUAUAUUAGCUUCCUUAUCAUUUGGUAUAAUGUUAGAUACUAAUCAUACAAAUAAUUUCUCACCAGGCACUUGCAUUACUUUAGCAUUUUUAAUGACCUUACUGGCUUUUGCUAUAAUACUAGGAAACGCUGCUGUCAUUUUAGCUUUUGUGAUGGACAGCAAACUUAGACAACGGAGCAGUUAUUUUCUUCUUAACUUGGCCAUUUCUGACUUCUUUGUGGGUGCUAUCUCUAUUCCUUUGUACAUUCCUUACACACUGUUCAACUGGGACUUGAGAGAUGAGCUGUGUACAUUUUGGCUCCUUAUUGACUAUCUUUUGUGUACAGCAUCUGUGUAUAACAUUGUCCUCAUCAGCUAUGAUCGAUACCAGUCCGUCUCAAAUGCUGUGUCUUAUAGAGCUAAACAAACUGAGAUCUUGAAGAUUGUGGCUCCGAUGGUGGCUGUCUGGGUGCUAGCCUUCUUAGUGCAUGGCCCAAUAAUUCUAGUUUCACAGUCUUGGAAGAAAGACUGGAAAGAAUGUGAACCUGGGUUUUUUUCAGUCUGGUACAUCAUCGCUAUCACGUCAUUCUUUGAAUUCCUGGUCCCAGUCAUUUUGGUGGCUUAUUUCAAUGUGUAUAUUUACCGGAGCCUAUGGAAACGUGGUAGUCUUAGUAGACGGCAAAGCCAUCCUCCUGCCUCUUCCAACGACUGUGGACACUCAUUCAAAUGUCGACUGUUUUCGAGGACAUCUCUUCCUGAACUGGAAGAAACAGGACCACCCCUUCGUUCAGAAAAACAGAGAAGAAAGGGAAGUCUCUUGCUGUCUUUAAGAACCCAAAUAAAUACCCAAACAAUUGCUUCCCAGAUGUUGUCCCUUUCCCGUUCAGAUUCAGUAACCCACCAAAGGGAACGUCUUGAACUGCUCAGAGCCAAGAAAUUAGCCAAGUCACUGGCCAUUCUCUUAGGUGUUUUUGCCAUUUGCUGGGCUCCUUAUUCUGUGUCCACAAUUUUUCUUUCCUACAAAAAUCCAAAACCAUAUUGGUAUGAAAUUGCAUUUUGGCUUCAGUGGUUAAAUUCCUUUGUCAAUCCUUUUUUGUAUCCAUUGUGUCAUAAACGUUUUCAGAAGGCCUUCUUGAAAAUAUUUUGUAUGAAAAAGAAAGCCACAUCAUCACACAGUCCAUCGGUAUCCUCUUAAAGGUAAUUUUCUCACACACAUUUCAGCCUUCACUGCGCCUAAAUGAAUUUGAUUGUCUUUCAUCUUGUCCUUUCCACUCGACCAAAAAAGUCCAUAAAGCUAUAGUGCCAACAAACUUAAUAAAAAAUUUAACCUGAAAAUCAAUGGAAAAUUAUUCUGAUGAGUGAUUGCAGUGUAAUUAUAAAUUUACAAGGAUAUUUUGGUAACCGUAUAGCCACAAAAAGUACUGUAUUUUUCUUAGUCAUUGCCUCUUCCUUGUCUUUUAGAUUUUGAUAUAACAUUGAUUAUGAAAGUUAAGGUUUCUGUUUUCUUUUUAUGUUCAGUAUUUGCUACAGUUUUAAGCAAAUUUCCCUUUUUAUUGUAUAGUGAUCAGAACUUACCGAGUUUUAAAAUCAUUUCCUAAAGCAUACAAUAGAAAAAAGAGCUACAUUACCCUCUUUGUUAGGAGUGGUGAACACUGUUAUGAUCAAUGGUUAAGAGAGUUGGUGUUUGAGUUGACAAGAACAGGGAGUGGUAGUGGAUCCAGGUGAAAGAAGGGACCAUGAGCAUUUUCAGACUUAGAUUCUCGAUCCCAGAAAGGAAUGGAGUGUGGUAUGGUGGAACAAAGAGCAGGUGACUGCAGCUCUCAAAGAAGGUUCUCAGAGAAGUUAUCUUGGAGGCCUCAGCAAUCACAGGAUGAAAGGGUGAGAGACAGGGAAGGGCCACACAGUGGCUGAAAGACUGGCUUGACCUAUUUCUUUCUGUCCUCUUCUUUCAACUUCCAUACACAUCAGCUAAAAAAAUCUCUUUGGGAGAAAAUAUGGAAGAAAAAGAAAGGCUAAGAGAUGGAGAAAUGACUAUUAUGGUCAAACUAGAUGUACCUAGUAUAACAUUCACUGAACUAGUUGAUGUCAAUAAUUAUUAAUAAAAUAUUGUCACAUUUAUUUGAUUGGACUUACGUGUCCAUUGUCUGACAUAGCAGUGCUCAGAAUUAUUCCAUUAUUACAUAGUGUAGGCUACACCUCACUGAUGAUUCACAUUGUAUUAGUCUGAUGACUUCUUUUUUUCAUUUUUUUCAAUGUUCUCUGCCUGUAUUUGUGAAAAAUUUUCAUUUUGGUCUUAUAAUCAAUUUCAUCUCCCCUAUAAUGUUUUAUCAGUGUUUCUUCUAUGACUUCUCAGGGUUCUUAUACAGGUUAGUUAUUUUUAUAUUUUGAAGACCUUUGAAAUUCUGACUAAUUUCAAACACUGAAAUACACAAAUCUUUUAAGUAGAUAAAUGCUUAGAAAUGCAUAUAAUUUUUAUAUAUACUUAUGCAUUGUAUUAAGUUCAAAAUAGGAAAUACAUGUGUAAACAUUCAGUAGCAAUUUGAAAAAUUAGAUAGGUAAACCCUCAUAAAUGCACAUAAUUUUUGUGAAGUUGCUGCUUGUCAGUUGUUGGUUUUAACAUUUUUAAACUAGGAGUUGUGGAUUUCAUAUGACCACUGGAGGCUUGAAUGCUCAUUUAAUGGAGUGACUCUUUGAAAACGUUUCUUACUUGAAUCUUGGAGGAAGCAUGCCUAAAUAUUCCUAGGUAUUUUCUAAAGUAUAUAUAAAAUAGGUUAUCUAUCGUAUGUCACUCAAUCUAAGAUGCUGUCAAUCUAAGGCAUACUUUAUUUCGUUUACCACUAAAAAGAGAAAAUGCUGCAAAUUGUCUAUGAAAAAAUACUGUGAAAAAUCACACUGAUAGAGUGAUUUGGAUUGAACUGUGCCCCCCAAAAUAUGUGUUGGAGUCCUGACCUCAACACUUGAGAAUGUGAGCCUAUUUGGAAAUAUCAUUUUUUGUUGUUGUAUUGAUAAGGCCAUAUCUGUGUAGGGCGUGUCCUAAACCUAACCACCUCUCGUCUAGAUAAAGAGCAGCAGAGACACAAAGACAAGCAAGCAAAGCUGGGAUGGGGGCGGGGGAGUAGAUGUCAUGUGAGGAUUACCAAGAAACCCAGGAACACUGGGGAUACAGACAAUGAAAGACAACGGUUUCCCCCAGAGCCAAAAGAGAGAGCCUUCCUCUAGAGCUGGUAUCCUGAAUUCAUACUUCUAGCCUCCUGAAAAUAAAUCUCUAUCCUUUAAAGCCACCCAUUUGUGGUAUUUCUGUUACAGCAUUACUAGGAAAAUAAGACAGUAAAUCCCUUUCUGAAUUCAGAGUUGGUAAAAAGUGAACAAUGCGUGUCUUAGAAGUGAUGAAAUGUAUCUAUGAUAAAUGAACAGAAUAGGGCUAAUCCUUUAUGAAAAAAGAGUUUGAAAAUAAAUACUUUGAUAUUAUUUAUUUCGGCUGGCAUGAUGGGCAAUUUGGCUACUUAUUUCAAAAAUGUUUUAUGAAUCUUGGAAAUAAGGUUUAUAGUCCACGAGCACUGGAAUUUUACUUUGGGGUUUUCUGAAGUACUUAGUACAAUGCUAGGCUUAUAGAUGGUCAGUAAAUUCUUACUGAAAAGACAUGCACCAGGCGUAUUCCUGGAAAAAGGGUUGUAAAUUCUAGUUUUUAAAUGCAAGUCUUUUAAAUUUGCACUGGAGGAACGUUGAAAUAUUUUCCUUUGUAAUAAAAGUAAUGUGGAGGCGGGGCCAAGAUGGCAGACUAGGUGGACGCUACCGCGGAUCCCUCUUGCAACAAAGACUCGGAAAAACAAGUGAAUCGAUCACAUACAUAACAAUCUACGAACUCUGAACAACAAGCACAGACUUAGAGACGGAAAACGAACAAAUACGGGCAGACGGCGACCGUUUUCAGAAAUAGGAGCCAGCGUACCAGGCAGGUGACCUUCGGAGCCCGAUCUGGGGCAGAGCCCGGGGGGCAGACGGCACAGACAAGGGGC